ACCACCAACUGACCAAUGACUGACCUCCUUCUUUCACGCUGCGGCUUCCGGGAAGUUUUUUCAACCUUUUCAGAGGUGUGCUGUCCGAACUUGUCGGAGUGGAAGGGUGACUUUAUAAGACCCAGUGUUUUUACGAUGUCCCGGGAGCAGGUGGUCGUGGAGCGGGCCAGGCGGGCCUUUCAGACAGGCAGAAGCAAACCUCUGGACUUCAGGAUCCAGCAGCUGAAGAAGCUGCAGAGCUUCAUCUGUGAGAGACAGAAGGACAUCACAGAUGCUCUGAGGAGAGACCUCAGCAAGAAUGAGUUUGUGUCAGAGCUGUUUGAGACGCUGGUUCUGGAGGCAGAACUGAAGUUGACUAUAAGUCGGCUUGCAGACUGGGCAGCUCCUCGGCCCGUAGAGAAGAACCUCCUCACUUUGACGGACGAGGCCUACGUCAAGCCCGAGCCCCUGGGACUGGUCCUCAUCAUUGGACCCUGGAACUACCCCUGGGCCCUCACUUUGCUGCCCCUGGUGGGAGCUAUUGCAGCAGGUAAUGCUGUCGUCAUAAAGCCAUCUGAGAUUAGCCUGAAUUCUUCUAAUGUCAUGGAGGAAUAUCUCCCUCAGUAUAUAGAUAAGCCGGAUCACCUGGGGGAAGUUAACUAACUGUGGUCAGACGUGUAUCGCUCCAGACUACGUUUUGUGUGAAUCUGUCGUCCAGAGCAGAGUUCUGGAGGAGAUCAAGAAGUCCAUAAAGGAGUUUUACACCGACAACCCAAAGGUGAGUGAUGACUACGGUCGCAUCGUCAGCCAGCGUCACUUCAAGAGACUCAUGGGUCUGAUGGAGGGGAGCACCGUGGCGUUUGGUGGAGAUGUUGAUGAAUCACAGCUGUACAUCG